GCAGCGUGCUGCGACAGCAGGGAUAUGGCGGACUCGCCAGAGGUGGCAGCAGCAGGCGGCUUUUGCUCCGUUUCUCCGCCGCCGCCGAACUGGUUUCCCGCCGGCCUCCUUUCGGUACUGCACAGCCAGUCGAGGUGAAAGGUCACAAACAUGGCGCUGGCCGCCCGUCUCCUUCCUCUCCCCCUGCUUUCUCGGCCGCUACCGGGCCAGAUCACCCGACUCCGGACUCUUGGUUCCCCCGAGAUGAGGCUGCCGCUGACUGAAGUUUGCUGCUUGUGCCGCCGCCGCCUGGGCUCCAGCGCGGCCCCGCUUCCUCGCUGCACUUGGGGCUGGGGACGCCCGGCGCUGCGUUCCUGGGGCCCCCGGCGGCCCCUGCUCGGCCGGUCUGAAGUUCCUCCAGCCCUCGCUUCCUUACCCUCUGGUCCCUGCCGCCGCUACAGCACCGAGGAGCAGCCCCAGCCACGGCAGAAAACCAGAAUGAUCAUUCUGGGAUUUUCCAAUCCCAUCAACUGGGUCCGGACUCGAAUUUACGCCUUCCUUAUCUGGGCCUAUUUCGACAAGGAGUUCAGUAUCGCUGAGUUCUCUGAGGGGGCAAAGCAGGCUUUUGCUCAUGUAUCCAAGUUGCUGUCACAGUGUAAAUUCGAUCUAUUGGAAGAACUUGUAGCCAAAGAGGUGCUUCAGGUAUUAAAAGAAAAGGUCACUUCACUGUCUGAUAACCAUAAAAAUGCACUUGCUGCGGACAUAGAUGAAAUUGUCUACACGUCAACAGGCGACAUCUCAAUUUACUAUGAUGAGAAAGGAAGGAAGUUCGUUAACAUCCUGAUGUGCUUUUGGUAUCUGACUAGUGCCAACAUCCCCAGUGAAUCUUUAAGUGGAGCCAGCGUGUUCCAGGUGAAGCUGGGAGAUCAGAAUGUACAAACUAAGCAACUGCUUAGCGCAAGUUAUGAAUUUCAGAGGGAAUUUACUCAAGGAGUAAAACCUGACUGGACUAUUGCACGGAUUGAACACUCAAAGUUACUAGAAUAAUCUUUCUUGGAAAGGAAUCAGGUGUGAACUGUUAAUAAUUGCUGUGAAAAACUAAGGAAGAAAAGUUUCUGGAUGAUUUGAUUUUCAUUCAAUUAAGUCUGUGGAUUACUUUUGUAUUAUUUGGAAAUAUUCCUUGCAGUAUAUUGACGUGGUACAAUAAAGCAUUUUCCACAGAUUGCUAGUGUUCUUUAAAGGAGGUCAAAGUAAAAUACGAAAUACAACACCACAAUAGUGCCAAUGUUUAAU